GAUAUUAUGUUUUGCAGAGGAUGGAGGAAAGGAAAGCUAGAACUGUGGAUGAAAUAUGUAGUACAGUACCAGAAUUACUAUCUCUUACUCAUUAUGCUUCAUUCACAAAAACAAAGAGGGUGGAACCACAGCUGGAUGAUUGGCUUAUGGAGAGGAGCAGCAACAGAGGGAAUGGCCUGGUGUUCACACAAGGCCAGCAAUAUGUUUGACCCCAUACUCGUGGUGGUCUGCUGUGCGGGCUUAGGGUUAACGCUCUCAUACUUUACACUCGGCAGCUCUCGCCUGCCUCAUCAGUUCCAAGAAAAAGCAAGUGAAGAAGUUAAAGAUAAUGAAAAUUCACGUCCAGCCAAGAGGAGAGUGAUGUUUGUAACCGCCCAUCCAGAUGAUGAAGUUAUGUUCUUUGGCCCAACUAUUCUACACUUCACCCAGAGGGAGGGCGCAUUGGUAUACCUCCUCUGCCUUUCUACAGGUGAUCUUUAUGAGCAAGGGAGGGUUCGUUCAAAGGAACUCUGGGAGAGUUGCCAUCUUCUUGGAGUAUCCAGAGAAAACAUCCUCCUGUACAGAUGUGAUGACCUGCCAGACAACCCCUCCAUUGUGUGGCCUACAGUGCGCACUGCCAACCUCAUUAACCAAUAUCUACAUGCUCUUGACAUUGACAUGGUUGUAACAUUUGAUAGCGGAGGUGUGAGUGGACAUAUCAACCAUUCAUCCCUUUAUUCUGCUCUUCAGCAUUUGGUGGAAGAAGAUUAUUUGCCUGAAAAUUGUGAAGCUUUCUCUUUGGACACUGUGAAUAUCCUGAGGAAGUAUUCGUCCCUCCUUGAUGUCCCCCUCAGCUAUGCUCUCUCGUCAUGUGCCUUCACUGUAGAUCGUAAGCAGUACUCAAUUAUACAGAGAGCAAUGAGGGCACACAUCAGUCAGUAUGUAUGGUUUAGGAAACUGUACAUGUUCUUCUCUCGAUAUGUACUUAUCAAUACGCUCUCAAGAGUUUCUCCUUAAUUCACAAUAAAAAUAUAUAUAUAUGUAUAUGU